CAAUGUUCCAAGUGCAGACACAAAUCAAAGUCCAAAAUAAACUUCCUUGUGUUAAAUUAGGAAAACAAACAUUUAACGAUUUUUUCUAUCUUUGCGGAAGUGAUUCCCAGAGCUACAUGACUGUAUACAUUGGCGAACUUAGGGAAAUAUUCGUCUGCAAUUUGAUAUGGGUGCAACUGUGAUUCCUUUCACGGUCAUUCUGCUCAACAUGGGGGUGUAUUAUUGCUUCUGUUUAAGUUGUAUGACACCCUCGGGAAGGCCUGUCGACUGGUUUAUGAUGUACAAAGUACCCAGAUCUACCCACAGCAUGCCAAUCAAAACAACAGGGGAGGAGUUCUACUAUUUAGACUCGGACCGACCUGUCUUUUCCUUUAACAAUGUCAGCAUACAGAAAGAACAUGGAAACCCAUUGUUCAAAACUCUUCAACAGAUUUAUGGCGGAAAAUCCCGACAGUAUGCAAUGUAUAAUGAUGAACGCCCACCAUCCACGGGCUGUACGAUCAAGCAGCUAGCAAAUCGUACCUGUCAAGGGACCCUUGGCGCUCAUAUGAAAGGCGCCUAUGCUUUUGAUGACAAGAGUGGAUUUUGGUUAAUUCUAAGCGUACCCAAAUUCCCAGCUCCCAAGAAACAUGGUUACAGUUAUGGAAAGGAACAGAUCAGCAAAGGACAAACUGUCCUCUGUGUCACGCUACACAGCGAGGACCUGCAGAAAAUGGAAAGAGUGUUCAAUCUCACCAAGCCUAUGUUUUAUGAUGGUAAUGGACCCACGAUGAAGACUUCAGAUCUACACAACACCACAUCUUCUAUUGACAUUCCUUUCAUAUCUAAAGGAGGACAAAAAUUUCGAUCAUUUGCCAAAUCGGCUUACUUUGGAAAAGAUUUGUACGAUUCUCUGGUGGCUGUUAAUCUGCGAGACGAUCUGUUUGUAGAAACUUGGUAUCCUAAUCUUCCAUCCAACUGUUCUACUACAUACAAGGUUCAGAAUGUGAAGACAGUGGGGUUUGAUAAUGGAUACAGUUUUCCGGCUACCAUAGAUCAUGCUAAGUGGGCGGUAACCAAGGGGAGUCCCUGGAUUUGUAUAGGCGAUAUCAACAGGAACAAAUCUCAGUUUAAAAGAGGUGGAGGAACAAUGUGUUUAUCUCAUGAGGGUGUAUCCAAUCAGUUUAGAAAACUCGUCAAAGACUACCAGAAUUGUAGCCGUGCAAGAGACGGUGAUUGAGGAAAAGACUCUCACUUUAGCAAUACUUCUAGAUGUACAUCUGAAUCACCAAAUUCAACAACAAUUACUUGUUUGAUAAAUAAACAUGUUAACUAUGGCAAACGAAAGCCACCUACACUAACCAAG